GAUAUAUUGAGUCGAUGCGAAGCGCGGAGGGAACACGGGCUCGAGUCAACAAUUGGCAGAAUGACUCUUUUCAUGGAGCCGUUCCGGAGAGUAAGUAGCAACCAGUUAGGAGGAAUUGGUCGAGCUAUGUUGAUAUGGCUUCUCAUGAGCCCCGUACAACCGAGAAGAAACAUAGGAAACAGUCCAAGUCUAGGCGGAGAAAAGGGAACCAGGAAUCAGAUGACACGACUGUAUCUUCGGACCAUUCAGCUGGAUCUGAAUUAUCGGACAGUGGCAGUGAUAGUGACAGUGAUGACUAGGCUAUGGCCUUGGACUGAACCUAGAUUAGUG